CCUGCCAGAUUGUCGUCGGGGAACGUGUGCAAGGCGUCGCUUUGCGACCGCGUGCACUCUGCGUGUGUUGUCACGGACGAGCAUCGCUUGCCGUAGUCACGCUGGAGAACUUGGUGUGAAGCGCCGAUCGCCGCUGGCUGCAGACUCGAGUGACCGCCAGCCGGCUCGAGGUUAGCUGGUGCCUUGCUGCCUGAGGCACGUAGUUGUCGAGUGUGGUGACGGUACCGCGGUCCAGCUGACUAUGUCCCGACGGAAGCAAGCUUGUCCCAGUAGGCACAUCGCGUCACCAGCGUCAAGCUCCCUCUGCGUCGGGAAUAGCCACAACGGUUCGGGCCGAGGUGGGAGCAGCACUGGCGGCGAGGAAGAGAGCAGCGACGACGAGCACGUGUGCGGCCGCUGCCGUGCCGAGUUUCCCACUCUCGACCACUUCUUGGCACACAAGCGGUGCUGCCCAAGCGUCGAGACGAUGGGGCUGCCAGGCAGCACGCCGAGCCGGCUGUCGUGUAGUGAUGACGAUGCGGCUGGCCGUCGGUCAGCGUCGGACGUGACCGAGGUGGACGAGGAACCCCUGGUGGCGGCUGCAGCUGCGCGGCUGCCCUCGACGCAUGUGGCGUUGGAGGCUCUGCAGAGCACCAAGGUGGCCGUGGCGCAGUUCGCCUACGGCAGCGCCGGAGGUCCUGCUGAGAUAGCGGCGCUACACGAGGCGCUGAUGGCGCUGCAGCAACAGCAAGUCGUCCAGCUCCACAUCAUCCAGCAACUGCAGGCGUACGUGGGUGCCACGCCGACGCUUCCCGUGAACCUGACCAGGGCGGCGGACAGUACGCCGACUCCGCCUCCUCCGCCGCCACCGCCACCCCCGGCGCCCCGGACGGAGCCCAGUCCCGAUGCCCCGGGACAGACACACGCGACCCCGCCGCCGCCGAACACCGCGGUAGACCUGGCCGCCAAAGAGCUCGCGGCACCUGAACCAGCCGAGCCGCCAGCGGAGACAUCUCUUGGGGAGCCCAUCUCCGGCGGUGCCCUGCUGGUUGUGCCGCCCGUGGGUCCGCCGCCACCGGACGAGCCCAACACGCUCGAGCUUCUGCAGCGGCACACUGAGAAGGCGCUGCAGGACACCAUGAGCGGCGGCUCAUUCUUGCUGAAUGGCCUCGGCUCUCCGGACCCGAGUCGUUUGCGCAGGAAGGACGGCCGGCCCGACGAGGCUUACUUGCGCCAUCGGUGUCGCUUCUGCGGCAAGGUGUUCGGCAGCGACAGCGCGCUGCAAAUCCACAUCCGCUCCCAUACCGGGGAAAGACCCUUCAAGUGCAACGUCUGCGGGAACAGGUUUUCAACGAAGGGCAACCUGAAGGUGCACUUUCAAAGACACCGUGCAAAGUACCCACACGUGCGAAUGAACCCGCAUCCUGUUCCGGAGCACUUGGACAAGCAUUUCCCGCCGUUGGAGCCUCCCGGGGAUCGCAGCCCGACAUCGCCGUCCGGCGCCACGUCGUCACCGCCACCGUCGCUACAACCUGCACUGGCUCUACAGACUGCUCCUUUGGGCGUCUUGAUCAAAGCAGGGCCUCAAGUGCCACGACCCGAUGACCUUGUCGGGCCCAGUUGCAGUGGCACGCUGGCGUUACGAGCCACGGGCAGCAGAAGCAUAUCUCCUGGUACUGAAACGACCAAUGUGACUACAUCAAUGGGCUCUCCUCCGCUGGAUGGAGAACGCCCUUUGAGUCUUAAAGCAGAGCCAGAGGAUGAUGCAGAGGACAAGGCGUCGGACGAAGACAGAGACUCCGGCGGCGUCAGUGGUUCCGCUGAUGAUUCCAUGCCGUUCACCUCAGCCGGAUCAUUCAUGAGCGGCUCCUUCUCCGCGCUUCCGACGUCCGCGGACGCAGCAGUGCCACUCCAUGCGGACCCCGCCUUUUACCAAGACUUGCUGCCGAAGCCUGGAAGUAACGACAACUCGUGGGAAACUCUCAUGGAAGUGACGAGGCCGUCUGAGACAUCCAAGCUGCAGCAACUGGUCGACAACAUUGAGCACAAGCUGAGUGACCCGAACCAAUGCGUGAUAUGUCAUCGUGUGCUCAGUUGCCGCAGUGCUCUGCAGAUGCAUUACCGGACACACACCGGUGAAAGGCCGUUUCGUUGCAAAAUUUGCGGUCGUGCGUUCACAACGAAAGGAAAUCUUAAGACACACAUGGGAGUUCAUAGAGUCAAACCACCGCUACGUGUACUUCACAAGUGCCCCGUCUGCCACAAACAAUUCACUAACUCCCUCGUUCUCCAACAACACGUCCGUAUGCAUGGCUCUGAAAGCUUACACUCGACGCAAAGUUUCCCAACAACUUCACAGAGGCCUACGCCACCGCCAAAGACUUCUUCGUCACCUCCUCCAAGCUCUCCAAAUUCACCAAUGCCUGAGCAAAAGAAAGAAGAGGAGCGGUCACCUUCUCCGCAGCCUCUGUUGCGGCCUCUGAGUCCUGAGCGCCCACCAUCGCAACUUACGUCACUAGCUGCUCUCGAAAAUCAGGUGAAGGGCAUCAAGACGUCGUUGCAAGUGCCAGCAUUACCUUUCGGCCCCUUCGGCAUAGGCCUUUCUUCUGGUUUUGGGCGCUACGAUGAACAGUCGCCCCUCUUUAAUAGAACGCCAGAAGCUGGACAGCGGUCUCCGGCAUUUUCGCCGCGAGCUGGAUCUGAGCUGUCAACUGGUGACGAAAGAUCAACUCCAGGAGCGCCUUCGCCAUCUGGUGGAACUUCACCACCCGUGAACGGCGGUCCGCUAGAUCUAACGCCGCGAACCUUAUUAGGCCGGCCAGCGGACAACUUUUCUGGCCGCUUUUUUGCCGCGCCGCCGUUGGGAGGAUUGCCGUUUCCUGGAGCCGCGCCCGGCCGCCCGAACACAACAUGCCAGAUAUGCUUCAAGACGUUUGCCUGCAACAGUGCUCUCGAGAUCCACUAUCGGAGCCACACCAAAGAGCGACCGUUCAAAUGCAGCGUCUGCGAGCGGGGCUUCUCCACCAAGGGAAACCUCAAGCAGCACAUGCUGACACACAAGAUCCGAGAUUUGCCGGCCACCUUGUUCGCUGCCACCCCUACCUCGAGUGCGAGCGCACCGAGUCCGGCACCCAGCCCUGGGCGCUCAUCGAGCCCUGCCGAUCAGCGACCCGGCGCCAGCCCCGAUGAGAGUCGGACCAAGAGGGUGGACUCGGUGGCCGCUCCGCCGGGCGGGCCGCCGCCGCCCCGGCGACCUCCUGGGCUGCCCAGGCACGUGUGCCACGUGUGCAACAAGCCCUUCUCGAGCUCUAGUUCUCUCCAGAUCCACAUGCGCACACACACUGGUGACCGGCCCUUUAAGUGCUCUGUGUGCGGCCGCGCUUUCACCACCAAAGGCAACCUCAAGGUGCACAUGGGCACGCACAUGUGGAACAACGGUAGUUCGCGCCGCGGCCGCCGCAUGUCCAUUGAGCUGCCAUCGCUGCUGAGUGGGCCCAAGGCUGACUUCGUGCCGCCACCGCCGCCACCCCACGAGCUCUUCUACCCUUACCUUGGGCCGGCCUACCUAAAUGGCAUGCUGGGACCGAAGGCGAACGAGAUCUCCGUCAUCCAGGGCGCCAGCACCGAGCCCCGACCGGGAGACGAGGCCGAGCCGCACAACGGCGCCUGGGCCUGGAAGAUGGCCUGCAACUUGUGCGCCAAGAUUUGCGGUUCGUCGCUCGAGCUAGAGGCUCACCUCAAGGCGCACCACCGCAAGGAACUGGAGGUCCAGUCGCCUGACAAUGUGGCCGUCUGAGGACGCCCGCACCCCUAGUCCAUGCCCUCCCCCAUUCCUGUAGCCCAAGCGGCCCUUCCCCGUAACUUAUUGUCUCGCCCUCAUCCACGAGUUGGUUAUGUCUUCUGUGAUAGUGCACCUCCCGAACUGCCGAAACUGUUUUUCUCCCCUUGUGUAACCUCGUUUUCAUUAGUUCGGCCCUCGCUGGUCGCAGCCCUCGACGCAGCCCCGGAGUGUACAGUGUUUCUGCAGGGGUCGCCCGAGUGGCGCGGCCGUGCAACCCCCUCCUCCUCCCCGCCCCAACGCCCCUAGGCGCCAGCCCCCGCCAGCCAGCCGUCGGGCACAGCACCAGCUGAGGGCCGGGGGAACCACGCGAGUGAUACCUGGGCUGUGAUAUGUGUGGUGCCCCUGGCCCUUCUUGAGUAACGCGUUCCCCAUACCUUUCGACCUCCCCUCCACGCGCGCCAUGCUCUACGACGGCAAAAUACACUGGGCAUUCCAUUGCUACACACACGCGCAAGCGGAUGCAUUCCGUACCUCCUCCCUGUUGUUCUGUCUUCCUAUCCAAGCCCUGGGCCGUCCCUGUUCAGGCGUAGCGCUCGACGGACCCCGUGAACUCCUGCCGCCCUCUCCAAAUCCCCCUCUUUUUUUCUCACUGGGCACGCUGAUGUGCACGUGCUUCAGGCGACGCCGCGAACCGUCACACAAAGGCCAACAAAUCACGUGACAUCGCCAGCCACUGUUUGUACUCUCUUCGAGAUGCUCUCUGCAGCGUUGUUGAAGCCACAGGCGCGAGGGCACAGAUUACAGUGAGGAACAAAGCGUGCGAUAUCACGUGUACGAUGUGAGCUAGGAAAGCUGUUAAACGUUGCCGAAAUCGCGGAACUCCAACAAUAGAAAAAAACAGAGACGGACUCGUAAGUGCGUAAGGCAACGCCCUUGUCUCAUAUUA